AUGGCCCCUUUGUUGGAGCAAAGGCUCACACCCUACCUACGACCGUUCAGCUACGUAGGCCUGGACUAUCUUGGGCCGUACCAUGUGACGAUCGGCCGGCGUACGGAGAAACGUUGGGUGGCGUUAUUCACCUGCUUAGUGACACGAGCUAUUCAUCUGGAGACGGCACACGGCCUGACAACCCAGUCAUGUUUGAUGGCAAUCCAUCGAUUCAUCGGCCGUCGUGGUUGGCCUUCGGAGAUAUUCUCUGACAACGGAACGAACCUACGAGGGGCCAGCAAGGAGAUAGCGAAUACGGUGCGCGAGAUCGGUGCGGACUGUGCCGAUGAGAUGACCAACGCCCGUACCCGAUGGACGUUCAACCCUCCCGCUGCUCCACACAUGGGUGGCGUAUGGGAACGUCUAGUUCGCUCGGUGAAGGAGGUGCUCGCGGUUAUGGACGACGGAAAGCAGCUGACUGAUGAGAUCCUGCAGACAGCCUUGGUAGAAGCUGAGGACAUCAUCAACUCACGCCCGCUCAUCUAUAACUCGCAGCAGUCGGAAGAUGCCGAAGCCCUCACACCAAAUCAUUUCCUGCGCGGGGUGUCGCCGAAUCAGCCGAAUGAGAUCCUCCCUGCCCCACCCCUGGACGUAGCCCUACGCGAUGCUUUCCAACGAUCUCAACA